GCUGCUGCUCGGGUAGCGUCUAGCAUCGUGCCGGGCUACACAGGCGUGGAUCCCUGAAGCCAUCGACAGUGCCCAGCCCUUCUGAGUUGUGGUGGGCGAGCCCCCGCAGGUUUCCUGGAGCUGGAGAGAGCGGAGGCGGAGGAAGUCGUAGGCUGGCAGGCCGGCUUGGGUGAGACGCGCCCAUCAUUCGCCACCUGGGGUGCGUGCGGCCUUCUCGCCAUUCCGCCGGCGACCCGUAGCUCGGACACGCGCCUGUCGCAGCCCUCGGGAAGGCCUGAGGCCCCGGGCGGCGGCCGCCAUGGAGAUCCCCUCGGCCCAGGGCGAGCGCCUGGGGCCUUGGGGGCGGCCCUGACCAUCCCUUCUCCCUGUCCAGGCUGGGUCGCGGACGUGCCCCCGGCGGCACUCGGCCACCUCUUCGUCUCCGCCCUCCCCAGGCCGUGCUGCUUGCUGCCUGGGCUUGGCGGCGGCGACGGCGACGGCGCCCUGUUGAAUGGGCUGUGAGGGCCCAGGGUUGAAGCUCUGGCGAACGCGGCCUCCGGGGGCGCAAGGCAGCAGCAGCGGUGGCGACCAAACGGGUGCUGGAGUUGGCGGCGGCCAUGGAGGGCCUGGCUGGCUAUGUAUACAAGGCGGCCAGCGAGGGCAAGGUGCUGACUCUGGCCGCCUUGCUACUCAACCGGUCUGAAAGCGAUAUCCGCUAUCUGCUUGGCUAUGUCAGCCAGCAGGGAGGGCAACGCUCCACGCCCCUCAUCAUCGCAGCCCGCAAUGGACACGCCAAGGUGGUGCGCUUGCUGUUAGAACAUUACCGGGUGCAGACUCAGCAGACUGGGACGGUCCGCUUUGACGGGUAUGUCAUUGAUGGUGCCACUGCUCUUUGGUGUGCAGCAGGAGCAGGACAUUUUGAAGUUGUUAAGCUUCUAGUCAGUCAUGGAGCCAACGUGAACCAUACCACAGUAACUAACUCAACCCCCCUGCGGGCAGCAUGCUUUGAUGGCAGACUGGACAUCGUUAAGUACUUGGUUGAAAAUAAUGCCAACAUCAGCAUUGCCAACAAGUAUGACAACACCUGCCUAAUGAUUGCAGCAUAUAAGGGACACACUGACGUGGUCCGAUACCUUUUAGAACAACGUGCAGACCCCAAUGCUAAAGCACAUUGUGGAGCCACAGCAUUGCACUUUGCAGCUGAAGCUGGGCACAUAGAUAUUGUGAAAGAGCUGAUAAAAUGGCGUGCUGCUAUAGUUGUGAACGGCCAUGGGAUGACACCAUUAAAAGUAGCUGCCGAAAGCUGUAAAGCUGACGUUGUAGAACUGUUACUCUCUCAUGCUGAUUGUGACCGAAGAAGUCGGAUUGAAGCUUUGGAACUUUUGGGUGCCUCUUUUGCAAAUGACCGUGAGAACUAUGACAUCAUGAAGACAUAUCACUAUUUAUAUUUAGCCAUGUUGGAGAGGUUUCAAGAUGGUGACAAUGUUCUUGAAAAAGAGGUUCUACCACCAAUCCAUGCUUAUGGAAAUAGAACUGAAUGUAGAAAUCCUCAGGAACUGGAAUCCAUUCGGCAAGACAGAGAUGCUCUUCAUAUGGAAGGCCUUAUAGUUCGGGAGCGGAUUUUAGGUGCUGACAAUAUUGAUGUUUCCCAUCCCAUCAUCUAUAGGGGGGCUGUUUAUGCAGAUAAUAUGGAAUUUGAACAGUGUAUCAAGUUGUGGCUUCACGCUCUGCACCUCAGGCAGAAAGGUAACAGAAACACCCACAAGGAUCUUCUUCGAUUUGCUCAAGUUUUUUCACAGAUGAUACAUUUGAAUGAAACAGUGAAGGCCCCAGACAUAGAAUGUGUUUUGAGAUGCAGUGUUUUAGAAAUAGAACAAAGUAUGAACAGAGUAAAAAAUAUUUCAGAUGCUGAUGUCCACAAUGCUAUGGACAAUUAUGAAUGUAAUCUCUAUACCUUUCUGUAUUUAGUAUGCAUCUCCACCAAAACACAGUGCAGUGAAGAAGAUCAGUGCAAAAUUAAUAAGCAGAUCUACAACCUGAUUCACCUGGAUCCCAGAACUCGGGAGGGGUUCACUUUACUGCAUCUAGCUGUCAACUCAAAUACCCCAGUUGAUGAUUUCCACACUAAUGAUGUCUGCAGUUUUCCUAAUGCUCUAGUCACAAAACUCCUGCUGGACUGUGGUGCUGAAGUCAAUGCUGUGGACAAUGAGGGAAACAGUGCCCUUCAUAUCAUUGUUCAGUACAACAGGCCCAUCAGUGAUUUUUUGACCUUGCACUCCAUCAUUAUUAGCCUGGUUGAAGCUGGCGCUCACACUGACAUGACAAAUAAACAGAAUAAGACUCCACUAGACAAAAGUACAACUGGAGUAUCAGAAAUACUACUUAAAACUCAAAUGAAGAUGAGUCUCAAGUGCCUGGCUGCCCGAGCAGUUCGGGCUAAUGACAUUAACUAUCAAGACCAGAUCCCCAGAACUCUGGAAGAGUUUGUUGGAUUUCAUUAAGUGACUGGAUAUGUAAAAUUGUUUAAUGUGGUGCUAAAAAGUAAAGGAUUUUAAUCACA